AUGAAGCAGCGGCAAAGUUCAGUCUUCAUCGACUCAACUUAUCGUUGGGUGCCUGCUCCAUUCUACCAGUUGGAGAUUGUGAUGCUCUACGAUUUGAUUUCGGAGCUCUUUUUGCCAAUUUGGUACGUCCUUACGACCGGGAAAACGGCUCAGGUGUACGAUCGCCCGUUUCACAACAUUUACGUCGGGGCAAGGCAGAAAAUCUUUCCAGCGCAUGUUGUGUGCGACUUCGAGUUCGCCAUGAUCACGUCUGUCCAGAACCAGUUUCCAGAAUCCCGAAUUGUUGGCUGCCUAUUUCACUCCAAGCAAGCGCUCCGUCGGAAGAUGAUGAAGUUGAAGAUCACGGAAGAUGAAGUGGACUUGACCAUGCGGGAGGGCUGCAUUGACCGCUGA